AUGAUCUCGCUUUUGUUAUCGGCUAGACAUGUGGUCCUCAGUACGCCUGCCAUCCGCCGCUGCUUCACUGGUUGGAGUUGUUCCGAAAUCCCGACUGAUGACUUCCACGUUGAAGUUUGGAAAUGGAAAGAACAUGAUAUUUGCAGUGAUACCAUCUUUACCGCGGCUCCGAGCGCCAGAGAUGUCUAUUUAUACUCUUCCGUAAAUACUGCAGUCCUUCGAGGCUGGGCCAGCGAAUCAGGGCUAUGCAAGCUCACCAAGCUGCAACGGCUAACAAUAGAGGUGCAUCCAAAAGAUGGUAACGACGAGAAAGAUUGCCAGGAGUUCGCGGUAGAGUUCAUCAAAACGGUCUCCAGCCGAUGCAAAACACUAGAUCCAAGAAUCGCCCCAAAGAUGACAGCAUCCCUUCUCAUGGCCAGGGGGUUGUCGGCCAGGGUUGCCCUCCUAGAUGAUGGUGCCAAAUUAACUGGAAAGUAUGGGAAGCAAAAGGGGCAAUCAUUUCAUCCAGACAAGGAGGAAUACUUUGUGGGCCCUUGCAUCCAUGGCACAAAGAUGGCCGAUUAUAUUCGACAAUUAUGCCCCGAAGUGGAGCUUCUCAUAGCUCGUUUAGAUGAUUCACGGAAAGUCGAGAGUGGUCAGAGAUUCACUACAGCAUCCGCCUAUAAGGUGAGUACUCAAAUAAAUGUUUAUGUUAUCGUCAUGUCACGAAACUAA